AUGGAGGGUGUGGACACGGACGACGAGAGCACGAUGAUGUACUUCCUGCCCGACGGCAUCGCAGACGACUCGCCCCGAAGCAAGAGUCAACCCAAGUCCUCUUUUGGCCUUUUGAACGGUCGAUGUGCUGCCGCUACUUACACCCAAUCAGCAGCGGCUGCUUCUAGAGAUGCUGCCCCCAAAGCUUCCGUAACCCCGAACUCGAGGGGUGGCGCGUACACUCCCCCACGUUCUUCGUUGGAUACGUCGCCAUUUAGCUCCAGUGGAGGCUCGACCUCGUCCAAUAGUCCUUCGAGGAGCUUCUUUCCAUCGGAUUUGGGAGGGGAAGCACGAGUGUCUCGAGACUUUCGAGAUGGGGGGAGAUCCAAUUUACGCUCUAGUGGACGCUUUGGACUUGCAGGACCUUAUAUUGCAGAAGAUGAAACUAUGAGGUCUCGGCCGUCAGUGUUUGGUCGGGACCAGAAAGCUGCAAAGAGCUUUGUCUCUGCGCAGCAGAGAGAAUCCGGAAGAAAUGCUGGAGGGAGAGGAUCUUACGGCACAGAGGCUUAUCAGUUGUACCGGGGCGGGAAAGUGGCGUCGUCCUCGAAGAUGGCAGAAAGUGACGGGUCGUGUGUCUCAACAGCAGUCAAGGCAUGGCCGGCGACAGGGACAACAUCGCAGCCGCGUCGUGUGUUACGGCGCCCUCCUGGACUGGCUGGUCCUCCUGGGCUUGAUGAGUCUAAUGCGAUGGCUGGAGCGCGGUCUCACGCAAAUAGUCGAGGUGGAGGCGACGCUGUACAGCAGUCAGCAUUUCAGCCUCAACUUGGUCCCUUCCACCAUCCCACAUCGUCACCUCUGGAUGGUGGAGGAGGUUUGAACUCGGACUACUUGAGUGGCAGGGGUCAGUAUCAUGAGAGUGUAUCCCCCAGUUUGAGCUUGUCAGCAGGUGUGUAUGGAAGCAGCUCGUCUCGUGGUCAGACUUAUCGUCAUGCCGCGUCAAACCAAGACUCAGCCGAGCUGAAUACAAACUCGGUGAACGUACGUCAGGUGGAUGGUGGGCACGUUCGACAAGUGGUUGACUCAUCGUUAGCGAUGUGGGAUUCCUGCGAACCAACGACAUCGAGGCGAGUUGAUGUGCAAUCAAUGUCAAAGACACCGUGGAUUCUAAAGAAUGCUCAAAAUGACAGAAACAAGCCUGAACCUCGUUCGAGUCUGCGAGCGAAUGCUUUGGAGUUUGGCAUGAACGCAGUGAAUGUCCUGACGCCGGAAUCCACAAUGAGGCCAAAUCGCACUGGUCAUUGGCGUGAUAUGGCCUGCGCUGUAAACGCGUACGCCAACUCGUCUUUUUCGAACGAAAACUACUGUAGCGGUAGCGACUCAUCAGGGCUGGAGGGUGCGUAUCGCAACCAGGCAAGUCACAGGGACGAGUUACCUUAUGUGCCAGGUGUUAAUGAAGGCCGCAUAAUGGAUACGGCAACUCGAGUAAAGAAGGCUGGGUCUUCUGUCACUUCUCGACUCGGUGGAAGCGAUAGCCCCGUGGAACAAGCUAGGCAUGAGUCCUCAAAGCCGAAACGCCGAGAGGAAACCAAGUUGUCCAGCCGAAGCAGCUCGAUGAAAACCUCUGCUCGAGCGAGUGACAAAGCGACUGGCAUAUCGGGUCGUCAAGUGUAUCGUGAGAAAAAAAGAAUGGGUAAGAGUUCAAAAGACGUGGCGUUGCCAGACGAAGCCACACCAAAGUCUAUUAGUACACCAUCGACUCUAUAUAAAGUCGAAGCAAGCAGUGAAGCCAGCAAGGGUGGAGGCCAUUUUAGCAAGCGAGGGGAGAACACGACGGAUGUUUCUGCAGGCAGGGCCGCACCAAAGACAUCUGAAGCUGCUUUGACGUCUCCGAGCUCCAUCGGAAUUGACACUGACAAUAUUGCAGAAGGCGCUCCAGCACUAGUCGCCGGCGUGUUACAAAACACACGGGUCGCGGACUCAGCAAAUGGCAUGAAACGUGAUCAGUUAUCACACUCGAUUAUAUCACAAGGUGAUAGGACAAAAGAGCCACACCUAGUGCAUCGGGAGACCCGAGUAGCCUCAUCGGAGUCAAACGCUAGCCUAUCGUCGACGAAAAGUUUCGAGUCAGAUGAUGAGCAAGCACCGGUGCCGUUGCAUCAAGAGCCUGCGGAGUCGAAGAAGCCGAAGAGAAAAGACGCAGUGUUGGAUGCAUCCGAAACUGAAGAAAGAAACCCUUGCGCAACGACUGGUGCAGUAAGAACGUUCGCUUCUCCUUCUAUCGCCGAAAGUGCUGGAAAGGAGUACCGUGCGAAGGAACAAGGCAACGAGAAGUCCAGAAAGGAAAAGGCAGACAAGAAAAGGACUACUCGUGUGAAGAAACACAAGCGACAGACCUCUUCGAUUGCGGCAGCAGUGGAUGCAACACAAUCCGACAAUUCGGCGGCGGACGCGCGUGGAAAGGCAUCGGAAUUGUCUCCUAAAACCCUGUUGCUGUUCGCGUUGAUCGCUCGGGGAUUAUGCAACGCGGUCUCAGCGGUCUAUUCGGCUCUACAGCAUGUAUUUGUCCGAACACGAUAUGGCUGCGCUCGAGUUUUCGAAUGGUUCGACACGAAAGGUCUGUGUGCUGUAGCUCUUUCUUGUGCUGAAUCUGCAGUGGCGGUGAUGAUCAGCACGUUGCUGCUGCUUUCUUUGCACGCUGCGUCAUGGUUCAUUCAUGUCCACCGGGUCGCGUAUCGCGCGAUCUUGGCUCAUCAUCACAUCGGAUUCUGCUUCGCUUUCCUGUAUGGCUUCCCGUACCUGGUCCAGCAUGUUUUCUCCUGGACGCCUCCUUGGGCGCCGGUAUGCCUGUGGUAUGCGUUCCUAGUGCAACUGUUUUGCACGAAUGGGCCAACCGCCAUCGUCACGACAUUUCGGGUGAUCAUACCGCUCGUCUUCCUGGUUGAGGGAAUUUCUCACCACAGUUUCUUGCUGGACCUGAACGGUGCGGAGCUCCUGCUUACUUCGUUCAUCAUUUCGGCAUUGAAGACGAGCAGCCUUUGCUCGCCGAUAUUCUUUCUGUCACUCGCGACACAGUGCUUGCUUGCGGUAUUUCUAGGAUCUGAACUUAUCGUGCAGUGGCUGCAAUUGGCACUGGCCCUCUACUCGCUGCACGCUAUGGCUGCGAGCGACGACGAAUGGAUCGGUAUCCGAGAAGAAGAAAACGAUCUUUCUUGCCGCCUCGUGUCGAUGCAUCAUUCGAUCGCAGCUUACAACCACCGCCCCGCACCUUCAGGUCCCGUGUCCAUUCAAAAGACCAAGCGACCAGACAUUCGAGCUUUGGCGUACGCGCGUGGACGCAAGUCGCGUCAGUGGUCUCCUUUUUCGCGUGGAUAG